GAACUUUUUCCAUGGUGCACCGUGACCGACGGAAGUACUAUCUCGGCGGAAGCCCAGCGAACUUGAUAUAGCGGAAGUGCUCUUUCUCUUCCGUUCUCUUUGGUCCCGGCUGCAGAAGGAAGAUGACGAAGGGGACUUCUUCCUUUGGUAAGCGCCGGAAUAAGACGCACACUUUGUGCCGUCGUUGUGGUUCCAAGGCAUACCACCUUCAGAAGUCAACAUGUGGCAAAUGUGGAUACCCUGCUAAACGCAAGAGAAAGUAUAACUGGAGUGCAAAGGCUAAGAGACGCAACACCACUGGUACUGGUCGAAUGAGACAUCUAAAAAUUGUAUACCGCCGUUUCAGGAAUGGAUUCCGUGAAGGAACAACACCUAAACCCAAGAGAGCAGCUGUCGCAGCAUCUAGUUCAUCUUGAGGAUUCAACUGUUUGUUAAAAUAAAUGUUGUGAAUCAAAAGUAAUUGUGGUCAGUUUCAUUUGAUCCAUUGAUCACCCUUAGUUAAAUUAUUGGAGUUUUGUAUACUUUGGUAAGUUCUAGCUUGUGGGUGUGGUGAUUUAAUAACCAAGAAUGGGUUUAUUUAGUAAUAUUAUCUUCAUCUUAAAUCCUUUUGCUUUUUGGUAGUUCUCUCUCACCCUUUGUGACUUUAUAGGAAAUUAAGAAUGUUAGAUCAUUAAGAGGGAUGUGUGAGUCCUUAUACUUUUUACACUGGCUAUGUACCUGAGCAUUUGCCACUCACAUCUGUAGUACCUACCUCACAGGGUUGUUGUGAGGUUUAAAUGAGAUAAUGUAUAUAAGUGUGUUACAAAUUUUGAAAUAGUAUAUAUAAAUAUUAGGCUUAUUUAGUAAUUAGAUUCCUUUUGUACUGUUUGUGUAGCAAUGAAACUUGAUAACUAGCAAAAGGGAAUAGGUAUUUUCACAGUAAUUAAUUAGCUUGAAUUUGAUUAGUAAACCUUUAAAUGGGGCAACAAGUCAGUGUGCAAAAGUGCUACAUUUGGAAUCAGGGCAGAUAAUAUGAACCAGAAAUUCACUUCCUUCCUUGAAACAUUGGAAAUGCCAUCAGAAAAUACUCCCUUCGGACUUAGUUAUAGGAAAGAGAAAAAUAACCUCUAGGUCAAUUUUUAUAAAACUUUGUAUAUGCAUAUAUGGUUAAGUUAAGUCAUUGAAUAGAUUUAUCUUUGUAUUCCAGACAUACCCCAAAUCCCCUCUGAUGGAUUGGGGUACUACCUGCAACAGUAUGCCUCUCAACUCAUUUAUGGGGCUCCCCCCACUCAAAUUCAAUAUUUUGUAUUUGAAAAGCACUUAGCACAUUUCCUGGCUGGACUAUAUACAAAUGCCUUUUUCCAUCUUGUACAACAGCAUACUGUUUGAUGGAGCAUGUUGUCCAUAAUUCCUCAAUCUCAUUAUUUAAACUGAAUGGGGAAUCAACCUUAUUUCAGAGAAAUGGGCUUCUAUUAGAAUAUCUACAAAGUUACCAAAUUUGUGUUCCAUUAAAUUAGAACUUGUGUCAUAAUGGAAUUUUAAAUGUACUAGAAUAUGUUGCAUUUUUAGGGAAGGGAUACAUUGCUUAUCAGUGUUCAAAGAGAUUAGGUGUUAUGAAUAUAAAUGCAAAACUUGUCCUAUCUUUUGAAGGAAGCUUAAGUUUACUCCCAUUGAGUAGAGGAAUGCUGUGUAUGGCAAAUAGUUGACAGUGACAAGGAGUGAUGUGGAGACUAAAAGUAAAUGAGACUGAGAAUAUGAUUUUCUCCAGUACUCAAAAGCUUAGAAAUUUUAGUGCUGGAUUAGUGUAAUAUUUAUAGAUCUGAAUUUUAAUCCCAGCUCAUGCUACUAUUCUGGGCAAAUCAGUCCUGGGUCUCAGUUUCCUCAUCUGUAAAAUGGGGGAGGUGGAACUGCACUAACAAUUGAGGUCAUUUCAUGAACUCUGAACUUAUAAUUUUUUACUAAUUGUAUACCCUACCCUAAUUUGUUAGGUGCAACCUCCACAAAAGAAAAUUCACCAUUUUGUUUCUAUUACACAUUUAAUAAAUUACAUAUUCAACUGAAAAAUUUACCUUCUAACCUAUAUUGGUAACUACUUUACAGGACACUGCAGAUGUUGUUAUUUGGUGCUUCAAAAACCCUGUGGAGUAGGUAGGAUAGUAAGGGCAAUAAUGCUAAUGACAUGACUUGCCCUUCUGUGGUCACAGCUAGUAAAUAUUGGAGUUGAAUUUACUUUUUUCCACUCAAAUAUCUUAACUACAAUAUGGCAUAUAUUAUGUUUAGCUCUUCGUACCAACUUUCUGUGGUAGGAAACAUUUUACAGAUGAGGAAAAUUGUUUAGCCUAGGAUAAGUCUAAUAGAUAUUUAGAGAUGAAAUUUGACAUCUUAAAAUCAAAUAAGCAUUUGUUAAACACCCUCUAAUCCCUAGGGGAUAGACAAAAAUCAAAAGGUCCCUGCCCUCAAGAAAGAAUGCACACAAAAUUUUAAAAAGGGAGUCCCUCUAGCAGCUAGGACACUCAGUAAAAAGUUCUUUUAGGAAGUAGCUAUUUGAAUUGUUUUGAAAAAUGCUAGAAUAAAUAAAAAGACAAUUGAUCAACAACGACAAUACUCCACCUCUACACGAACUGAUGAACUCAGUAAAAAGUGAAGCAUGGGGUUUUUGGGGGAGGGGGGGAUCUGGGAGCAUGGCUUAUGUUAGACUUGUUUUUAAAGACUAUAUUUGUAACCAGUUUUGGUUUUGCUUUCCUGGAGAAGGGAGGGAAGAAUUCAGUACUGAAAACAAAAUGAAAGAAAGCCAAGAAAAAUAAAUAUUCGUGUAUAUAUAUGAUUUUCUUUGUAAGAUAGGUAUAGUUUACCUGUCAGCAUAUGUGUGCACUACUGUCUUUCAUCAAAUGAGACAGAGUGCCCCAAAAGCCUUAAUGCAGUUAUAAACAUAUGCAAUGUACAUUGUUGACUUUGUGUGUUUGUAAAAUGCUUAUUAAAUUCAAAACCUUG